AGAGCGGAAUGGAGGAAAUGCCCCUACCUGUUCACAGUGACUGGCCUCCCGACUCGACUCUCCUCCCCCUAUCUCUAUCUGCUUCCUGCUGAGCUCAAACCCCUUCCGCCUCCCCAUCCACCAUUCCAUCCGCCGCCGCCGCCGCCGCCUGUGCAAGAUGAAUGUGGAGAAGCUCAAGAAGAUGGCUGGCGCUGUACGCACCGGAGGGAAGGGCAGCAUGCGCAGGAAGAAGAAGGCAGUUCACAAGACCACGACCACCGAUGACAAGCGGCUUCAGAGCACCUUGAAAAGGAUCGGGGGGAACACCAUUCCUGGUAUCGAGGAGGUCAACAUCUUCAAGGACGAUGUUGUUAUCCAGUUUCAGAACCCUAAAGUGCAAGCAUCCAUUCCUGCAAAUACAUGGGUGGUUAGUGGAGUACCCCAGACAAAAAGUCUGCAAGACCUUCUGCCAUCAAUUAUCAACCAACUGGGCCCUGAUAACCUGGACAACCUUAAGAAGCUGGCUGAGAUUUUCCAGAGGCAGGUACCUGGUGCUGAAGCAGCUGCACAGGAUGAUGACGACGUCCCUGAGCUUGUCCAAGGAGAGACAUUUGAGGAGGCUGCAGAGAAGGAGCCUCAACUGGAGCAGGAUGAGAACAAAGAAUCGUGAUUUUGUUGUGAAGGGUCGUCGGUUUAAUUGUUGGCAUCAGCCUUGCGAGAGACCCUACCUGCUCAUCUGGCGUGCCUCUUUACAUGUGCUCCAGCUUUGUGUCAAGUGUGCUUUGGGUUCGAAAAGCAUUACUGCAUUAUGUUUUCUGAAGACAGUGUAGGCAUAUAUUUUCCUCGAGCCAUAGUGAGUUUCCGCA